AUGUCCUCCCUCGCUAAUUCGCCGGGUGGUGGUCGUCAGAUCGUCGGAUCGUCGGGUGAUAGAGACGGGAAGGUGGCGGAGAUGCUGCAGCUUCUGUUCGCGGUGGCCUUCUCGGCGGUGCCGCUGACGCUUUACGUGCCGCCGAUCCGGAGCCUGAACCCGUUCGUGGAGGCGGUGGAGGCGCUCUUCAGGGAGGUGGCCGUGUUCUCGAUGCGGGCUUACCCGCGGAUCCGGCUUGGCGUCGGCCGCAUCAUGGCCGUCGCCGCCCGCGCGCGCCGUUAGCUAGUUUGGGUGUUUUCCCGGUUUCCUAAAUGUAGAUCGAGGGACGGUUUUGCUCGUUUAGUAAUUUCUGCAGCGUUUAGAACAAACGAGGAACCUUAAUUUUUUGAACAAAUCAGACUCCCCAGUUUGAAUUCCUGGCCAGAAGAAUUAGAGUUAGUUCAAUCAAUUGUAUUGAAUGAGGCACCUUAAUUUUUAGGUCAAUAAUAUUCCUUCUGGGCAGAUUUUAUUCAUCAAUUGACUAAAAUAUGUCCAUGAUUUUUUUUUCCA